GCGCGUUUGUUUAUAAAUUUGCAGUUCGAAUAAUCAAAUAUCAAUUGAAGCACCGAUCAGAUUAUAUCUAAAAAAAAUUAUACAAGGUUACUAACAUAAAUCAAUAUAUUCAUUAAACAAUGUCUGCGAAUAACGAAUCGCAUUAUGAAACUGACAUCAUAAUCGAGCUUAUGGAAAUAUACAUGAACAUGAUUCUAUUCGGGCGCGAACUUUACCCUCCAGCUAUAUUCCGUGAGCGUAAGGCCUAUAACAUUCCGGUACGAGUAUCUAUCUUUAAACCAUUAAACGAGUACAUGGAAAAGACAUUCCUGGUCGCGAGAGAACUAAAACGGCAGAAAAAGCUCAGCAAAGUUGAGCUCCAAGUGUCCAAGGAUGAAACCUGCGAUUGCCUUGAGAGCUACGUAUUUGAACUGGAAGAUCGAGAUUUUACUUUGGAAACGGACGAACACCUGAUAGAGUUGGAGGAACAAAUUCGAAAGUCUUUGCUCAACCUGAACAGUCAGCUAAAAGCACUGAAAAAGUUACCAUCGAAUGCAACCUUCCGAGUGUUGCUUCAUACCACCGAAGCGGCUUUCAUACGCAUCGAGAACAAUCCCAAACUGCAGAAGCAUCCCUUUGUACAGCAAUCCACUGGAGCUCGAACGGCGAAAUGUAACAUUCAGCUACUGCCUGUUUCGCAUACCCCUACGGUGGGGAUACAAUUUUAUGUAGAACAAUAUGAGGGAUAGUUUAUUUAUAGAUUUAUCUAGUUUUUUGUACCUUUGUUCCUUCCACAUCCUGUUACACAAUAAAAAUAGUUGCACUGGAUAGAAACUUACCCAGCGCAUUGUUUUA